AUGGCGGCGGGCGCGGGCGAGAGCCUGGGGGUGGAAAGACUCCUCUCCUACAUCGAAGAUCUUGUGGGCGUCCUCCGCGCCAGCGCCGACCGCGAUGGCAAUGCACAGGUUGGCGCCGUAGUUCGGAGGCUGCUGUCCGGCUAUCGAUCCGAGUUUGACGACCUCGAGCUGCAUAUCAAAGGUGGUUUUCAUGAAUAA